AUGGCGGAGGACAAGAACGGCGGACAUCUGAGUGACGGCUGCGAUUACUCGUCGGAGGACGAAGGGACGGAGGAUUACCGGAGAGGAGGCUACCACGCGGUACGGAUCGGCGACACGUUCAAAAAUGGACGUUACGUGGUUCAGAGCAAGCUUGGCUGGGGACAUUUCUCCACCGUUUGGCUCGCUUGGGACACCCACAAAUCGCGUUAUGUAGCUUUGAAAGUCCAAAAGAGCGCACAGCACUACACAGAGGCAGCCAUGGAUGAGAUUAAGAUCCUCAAACAGGUUGCAGAAGGAGACCCAGAUGAUAAAAAGUGUGUUGUGAAGCUCUUGGAUCAUUUCAAGCAUUCGGGUCCAAAUGGGCAACACGUCUGUAUGGUCUUCGAGUACUUGGGUGAUAACCUCUUGUCACUUAUCAAGUACAGUGAUUACCGAGGGGUUCCUCUUCACAUGGUUAAAGAGCUUUGCUUUCAUAUUUUGGUCGGUUUGGAUUAUCUCCACCGAGAGCUCUCUAUUAUCCAUACUGAUUUGAAGCCGGAGAACGUUUUGCUCUGUUCUACAAUUGAUCCUUCUAGAGACCCUUGUAGAUCCUGUGCUCCUCUUGUCCUUCCAUCAACUAAGGACAAGACCGUUUCUGGGUCAGUUACCGAAAAAUUAACUAAAAGCUACACUUAUAGUUCUGAUCUGACAAAGAAUCAGAAAAAGAAGAUCCGGAAGAAAGCCAAGAAAGCAGCUCAAGGUUGUCCUAGAGAGGAAGCUUCGGAGGAAAACGAGAGAGAAUCCAACACUGAAGCAAGAAUAGAUGGGGAGUCAACUGCAGAAGAUAGUUCUGAAACUAAGAAUGGGAGAGUAAAGGGUGAUGAAAUCGGGGAGAAUGGUAACAAAAAGAGUCGGGGAAACCGGAGGGGAAGCCGUUCUACGAGGCAGAAGUUACUGGGAGAAGUCGAUCGAAAAUGCAAACUGGUGGAUUUCGGGAAUGCAUGUUGGACCUAUAAACAGUUUACGAGCGAUAUCCAGACAAGACAGUAUAGGUGUCCAGAAGUGAUUCUUGGAUCAAAAUACUCGACAUCUGCAGAUAUGUGGUCAUUUGCCUGCAUUUGUUUCGAGAUGGUCACUGGAGAUGUCCUUUUCGAUCCUCACAGUGGUGAAAACUAUGACAGGGAUGAGGAUCAUUUGGCAUUGAUGAUGGAGCUUCUUGGCAUGAUGCCACGCAAGAUUACAUCAGGGGGUCGGUACUCGCGAGAUUUCUUCAACCGAUAUGGUGAACUGAGGCACAUACGAAGAUUGCGAUUUUGGCCAUUGAACAAGGUCCUGAUGGAGAAGUACGAUUUCAGCGAGGAGGAUGCAACCGCCAUGGCGGAUUUCAUUAUUCCGAUUCUCGAUUUCGUGCCCGAGAAGAGACCGACUGCUUCCCAAUGCCUCACUCAUCCAUGGAUGGACCCUGGCCCUAAGCUGAUGCAGCCAUCAUCUGGUAGUAACACAGAAUGCAGAGAAGAAGAGAAGAUGAUAGAGAAGGAAAAAGACGAAAGGGAGGCCAUGAAGGAUGGUAUUGCGAAUAUAGCCAUCGAUGAUGGUUCAGCGAGAAACGGCCGCCUUUCUGCUCGGGAUUUUCGGACGUAGAGACAGCGGCCGUUCGGGUCAGUUGCCAUUCUAGUUUACGUUUAUCCGAGACAUCUGCUUCUUGGGGGAGAACUAAAUGAUUGAACCGUUUUUGUUUUGUCUCUCUCUCUUGUGUUUUUUUGUUUGUGUGGUUACAUGUCUUUCAAUUUCUGAGAGAUUUGAGAGUUGAUUGUAAUGUACUUGCCGUUGUGUUCAUCAACCAUGUUCUUGCUUGAACAUGAGUUGCCGGCCUCUUUGGCUAUUUUAUUCAACUUUUUUGUAAUCGAAACUUGAUUUCAUUACAUAUUGUGUUUGAUGAUA